AAUUUUGUUGACAUUUUUCUUUAUAUCAUAUUAUCUUCUUAAUUCUCUUAAUUAGUUCCAUCUUGUUCCUUGCUUCACCAGCCCAAGUCACAGCAUUCAUUCAUUGUUCCUUCAGUGUUGCAUCUAAGAUCACUCAGAUUAUCUCUGUGGCUAAAGUUUUGAAGUUAAUAAACUUAGGAAGUUUAAUUAAGAUGAAUGUUACAAAUGUGAAUGAGUAUGAAGCAAUUGCAAAGGAAAAAUUGUCCAAGAUGUUUUAUGACUACUUUGCAUCAGGAGCAGAAGAUCAGUGGACUUUGAAAGAGAACCGAAAUGCAUUCUCAAGGAUUUUGUUCAGGCCGCGGAUUCUUAGGGAUGUAAGCAAGAUAGAUUUGACAACAACUGUAUUAGGCCUCAAAAUAUCAAUGCCUAUCAUGAUUGCUCCUACAGCCGGCCAAAAGUUGGCUCACCCUGAAGGUGAAUACGCUACUGCUAGAGCAGCAUCAGCAGCUGGCACAAUCAUGACACUAUCCUCAUGGGCUACUUCAAGUGUUGAGGAGGUUGCUUCAACCGGACCUGGCAUUCGUUUCCUCCAAAUAUAUUUGUUUAAAGACAGAAAUAUGGUUACUCAACUUGUUAGAAGAGCAAAAAAUGCUGGUUUCAAGGCAAUUGUCCUCACAGUAGAUUCUCCAGUUCUUGGUCGUAAGGAGGCUCACAUAAAAAACAGAUUUACACUGCCAUCAUACGUAAGAAUGAAGAAUUUUGAAGGCCUGGAUCUUGAAAAGUUGGUUAAGCACUCUGCCCAUACGUCUGCUGUAAAUGGCCUAUAUGACAAAUCACUCACUUGGAAGGAUGUAAAAUGGCUUCAAACUAUCACCUCAUUGCCAAUCAUAGUGAAAGGCGUACUUACUGCGGAAGAUACUAGGUUAGCUAUACAAGCUGGAGUUGCUGGAAUCAUCGUUUCCAACCACGGUGGUCGCCAACUUGACUAUGUCCCGGCAACAAUUAUGGCUUUGGAAGAGGUUGUCCAAGCUGCAGAAGGAAGAGUCCCCGUCUUUAUGGAUGGUGGAGUCCGCCGAGGGACAGAUGUCUUUAAGGCAUUGGCUCUUGGAGCAUCUGGUGUAUUUAUUGGCAGACCUGUGGUGUUCUCAUUGGCGGCUGAUGGUGAAGCUGGUGUAAGAAAAGUACUUAAAAUGCUUCAUGAUGAGCUUGAAAUAACCAUGGCACUUUGUGGUUGCUGUUCACUUAAGGACAUAACUCGUGACCAUGUUGUCACAGAGUGGGAUCGCCCAAGAAUUUCUCCAAGGUUGUGAGAUCUGUACUUUUUAGUGUUGGAGCAUGAGUAGGGGUACUCAUCAAGAAAUUGAUUGUAACAGAGUUGAGAUCAGUUUAAGAGACUUACAUUUUCUCAAUUGACAUUCAUCCAUACACCGAACUUAUGAUGAAUUUGUUAAUCACAUACUUCAGAGAUUUGAUUAUCUAGUAUCAAUUGUUAUUUUAGGACAAUUAUCUACUAUCAAUUGUAUCAUAUCAUAUUUGGUCGAAUAACUACGUUAUCCAAAGUGACAUUAUUAUACUUUCUUUGUUUCAUACAAUUUACCUGGACAUCUCCAACUUAAGUUGGCAAUGUUCAAACUCAUGUUUUUACAUAAUAUAUGAAUUGAAUCUUUGAUUCGUA